AUGGCCUCUGGAAGGCGUCCAGAGCAUCAGGCUCCGCCAGAUGUGGUAAGAUUGCUGUGUUUUUUCUUAUUUUCUAAGGCCGUACUUGAGGUAAUCUUGCUUUGUGUUAUUUUUUCCAGUUUUACAAUGUGGAUGAAGCCCGUAAAUAUACGUCCAAGUAAGUAUUGAAUUGUUUACAACGGAAUGCUUCCACGUGUUUUGCUAUAAAUUUUAUAUAGUUUUGUAUUAAAGACGAGGGUGAUGGUGAUAACGACAGUUUUUAAAAUUAACUUCGUGAAAAUAAAAUAACCAAACGUUUUUAUACGUACAUUUAGGAAAGACUCGAAAUCUAUUGAUGGAAUAUCUUUUGGGACCAGUUCUACUGUUACACAUAUACACACAAGAACACUGAUGACUUUAUUUACUUCUAGAUUACCCUUUUUUACAAAUUAUUUUAUUGAUUUAUGCAUGUCGCAUUCUUUUGUAUCCUUGAAGCUGAAAUCCUUUUUCUACUAGUCUAGAUAGUAUGUAUUGUAUUAUUUUGACAUUUCUUUUGCAUAGUUAGUAUACAGUAUUUGGUAAGUAAUAAUUAUUAUGUAAUUACUUAAUAUAGUUUAGCAGGUCCAUAUCAGCUUAUGCUGCCUUCUCUCAACCUGCUUUAUUAAAUAAAGCAUGUUUUUAACUAACCCUAACCCUAACCCUAACCCUAACCCUCCCCCCCCCUUCCACCACCCCCACUAAAGAUGAUGGGUUUUUGAACAGAAGGGUUCGGAUUUUUUCCUUCAAAGAAGCUAACAAAAACUGGAUGCUUCAAAUGACUCUUUCAAAGGUGUCAAAAGAAAAUAAACCCUUUGGAUAACAAUUUUUAAAGGGUGCCAACAGAAAUUCAAAGGUUUGUAUCCCAUAAUUUUAGAGGGAGCGGGGUUGUGCGGAUAAAAAAUAGAAUGUCCCUGUAUUAGUCUUAGUUAAAGAUGUAAUUUAUUGCCAGAUGAUUCUCCUGGACCCAUAGUCAUUGGGCAAGUGAGCGCUAAAAAUUGUUACUUGGCUAACAAGAAAAUCUACUUGUCCCGGAUGAGAGGGCAUUUCAAGCCCUUCCAAGAUGCAAAUUUGUAGGCCUUCUUCAAGUAUAUUUUCUGCACUAAUGUAGAAACUGUAACUUUAAACUUCAUAAGAUAACUUUUUUAUGGUAUAUUUAAUUCCAGCACAAGAAUGAUUGAGAUUCAAGUCCAGCUGUCUCAAAGAGCAAUAGAGUUGCUAAAUUUGCCAGAAGAUAAACCUUGCUUUCUACUUGAUAUUGGGUAAUACUGAUUUGAUCCUUCCUUUCUGUUAUUGUGAAAUUUUUACCACCAAUUUAGCAUGGUUGUUAGAAAGUGUAGUAAUCUGCAUGCAGACUGCAGAGGCUUGAGUUUGAAUUAUACAUGUAGCUGAAAAAAGUAAAUAGUAUUAUGGUUUCAAAAUAACUGGAGAAGAAGAUAAGAUACCUUUGCUUUGUAAUUUCUGGAAGGUUCCUUCGUACAUGAACCUAGCUAGACUAUGAGUAGUCCUUCAUUUUCCUCAGGGAUAGUGGAGCAAAGAAAUUAAUGUUUAAGAGUGUGAAAAUUCCCACCCUGGAGCUAAUGGAGGGUGACAUACCCAAUGCAUACACACACUGUAUGUGAGCAUGUGCAUUGAUUUACCCCUGGACAAAAACAUCUGUUAAAAACCAACACUGGACUGCCAGGCUGGCAGGGCAUUGGGCUGUCAGCUCUGCUGCACUGGCCAUGGGUCAUGGCUGUGAUCUCACUUUUGGCAAAACCCCCAUUCUUGGACAUUAAUCUGAGCCACCUUAUUUAGCUGAUCACAAAUCUCAAAAACAUGCACUCUAAUCCAUCUUCAAACUGAACCUGACAGUGUACAUUCCUUCAAACUACCCUUCCAUCAGAAUCUCAAAUUAAAUUCCUUUUGAGGAGACAUGAAUACCAUGGCAGUUCUUGGAAGUGAAGAGUUACUAAAAUUCAUGACUUUAACUGCAGUGCUUGAAAGCCCGUGAAAUUUCUUACAAAAAGAAUCAUUGAUUUUCUUAUGAUUUCAGGUGUGGAUCAGGUUUAAGUGGUGAGGUGUUGACAGAUGAAGGACAUCAUUGGAUUGGUCUUGAUAUAAGCCAGGCCAUGUUAGGUACAAAAAGUUUCCUUCAAUUUUAUGUACUAUGACUUAAUCCUCUAUCAAAAGAUAUUCUCUCAUUUGCCCUAGUAAGCACAAUCUUUCCCCUUUUAGUUCUGCCUCAUCUUCCAAAUAAAACUCUCAUUAAUUUUAAGAUCUUAUAACAUAAAUGGUAUGCUUGUUUUAUUACAAUGUAGAUGUAGCUGUUGAAAGAGAAGUUGAAGGGGAUUUGUUUCUUCAUGAUGUUGGACAGGGUCUCUGUUUCAAACCAGGAACAUUUGAUGGUUGUAUCAGGUGAGGUGAUUAAAUAAUUAUAAUCUGUUUACUCAAAACAGUAAAAAUUUUAUUGGCAUUGAUGCAGUUGAUUGAGGGGACUGAAGAUGAUAGUAUUAAUGAUAAACAAAGGGUUUAAACAUGUGUUUUCUGCUACAACUAUAUUUCUUUAAUUACCGUAGUUUUUUAUUAUCCAUGAUGUUUUCCAUCCAUUAUUAUCAUAUCGAGGCUGGUACUGUUACUUCCUUUCAGGCCCUUAGACAGGCAUAGUUCUUUUAUUUAUAUCAGAUUGCUUCAAUUUGUGUGUUUUAUGUUUACAGCAUAUCAGCUCUUCAGUGGUUGUGUAAUGCUGACAAGAAGGGACACAAUCCUGCAAAAAGACUUUACAAAUUCUUCAGUUCCCUAUACAGUGCUUUGGUAACUUUUUUGACUCACUUUUACUAUUCUCUGUAUCUUAGUUUCCAAUAGUAGCAUCUGUUUCCAGUAGUUUUCUCUGGUCACAUUGUGGCAAUUAUUGUUCUAGAUAAUAAAUAUAAGAUAUCUAUGCUUACACUGCAGGUAAGGUUGACUUAAAAAAGGUCUAAAUUUUAACAUAAUGUGUUGUUCCUUCCUUAUCAGAGUCGGGGAAGUAGGGCAGUGUUUCAGUUUUACCCAGAAAACCCUCAGCAGGUAAAAUUUCAAAAGUUUUUAUGAUCCCCUUUUUUAAAAUAAAUAAACAAUAACAAUAUUAUUGCUACUGUUUUUUUUGCACUAAGUGCUUAUCGAGAACACUAUAAAUCACUGUAAAUCACCAACCUUUAAAGGAUUGUUUUUUUUAACAGAACCAGCAGAAAAUGGAAUGCUCUUGCCGCAGACCUUGGACUAUCUGUUGCAUGUUCUUUAAGUUCUUUAAAGCUGUCCUUUAUGGUUAUUACAAAGAAGCUCUUGUCACUUCCUAGAUCCCUGAUGACCCUCACUCUUUCAAAUCUAUAUGCUUGACCUGUAACGCUGCCCAUAAUAAUUAUUAUUUAGGACGGAACAUUACGUGUGUGUUUUUAGAUAGUACUGCAGUUUUUACAUUUUUUUAGCAAUCUGUGUCUUGGGCCUGCAGUAAUUGGUCCUCGCUGUUGCAGUGUCUGCACCUGUACUGUGAAUAUAUGUGCACUUUCUUUUUGUAGUGUCACUUAUCUUAUUGUUUGGCGCAGUUAAUAAAAUAAAAUAAAAUUAUGUCCCUAAAGGAGACAGGAUGCUAUUUCUGUCUGGUUAUUCAAGCCAUUGUGGAGCUCCAGCUGUUACCAGUGUAAAAGUAGUGGCUCCUUCCUCAGUUAUUUAAGACCCUGAUCAUUAAUUUGGUCCCCAGAAUUGAAACUGUAACAUUUUACACUCCGUAGACCAACAAUCACAUGUAUGUAACAACAACCAAGAUUGCGCGUGCGUGUAUGUUCAACCCAAGUACAUCUUCCCAGAAGUGCAUACAGCCUGAUCCUGCAUACAGUCAUGUACUUGAGUGGAGCAAGUCAGUGAAAUAUGUAUGUUUUCUUUCAUCAGGUUGAGUUAAUAACAACACAGGCUAUGAAAGCUGGCUUUACUGGUGGACUUGUUGUAGAUUAUCCUAACAGUACAAGAGCUAAAAAGUAAGUAGCAAUAAAUACAGUGUGCCAAGCUACACAUGUUUUACAUACAAUAAAUUAUGAGAGAACUGAUUUAUUCAUUGAAACAUCAAUGCCCAUUCUUUUUUUACCCGGCCAACCAAAACCUAUAUUCAACAAGGUUUUCUCAUCAAGUUUUCUCAUUUGUAGUUGCGUGUGAUAGUAGCUUUGUAGUAUCUUUCCCCUUUUUUUUCAGAAUAUUCCUGUGCCUCUUUGCUGGAGUUGUGGUCGAUAAACUACCAAAGGUUGGUUUUCUUUUUUGUCGUUAUAUAACAAUACCUUCCUGAUUCUUUUAUGUCGUCUUUAAUGCAAUCUUUACAUUUGCAGAGGCACGUUGAAGGCAGUCUCGUUUUUUUAGAACUUAAUUAAUUAAAGUUAAACUACUAAAGUAUAGCGAGCUGGCAGAUGGUGCGAAGUUUGUUGCGGAUGAGUAGUAAGAGGCCGUUAGUUGACCAAACGUUAUGCCGUGGUUUCUGUGACUGUGUACUUGUCUAAAGCAAAUAAUGUUCUUUUUUUGCCAUUAUCUUACAAAAGUGUUCAUCACUGACAGGCAAUCUAGAUAGAUAGAUAGUUUAUUCACUUUUUAACUUGCAGCCAAGAGCUGAAUUCCGUUAAGGUUUACAAAUGCAAUAAUAAUAAUAAUAAUAAUAAUAAUAAUAGGCAAUACUGGUUAAAUCCUUGCAAUAGCUGCUUUAUUCAAGAAAACCGCUAUAGUGCUGGCUUCCGCCUGUGGGCACGACUCCUUCAAAUUCUGGAUUAGACAAUCUGCUACUGUCCAUGGGCUAGGCUGAGUUGAUGUUUUAUUUCUACAGGGUCUUGGUACAGAAGACUCUAAAGGUGUUCAAGAUAGUGUACAAUUCAGUGGCCAAAGGUAAGUACCAGGCUCUCCGCAUCAGAGCAUGCCGGGAUAUAUUACUAUUAAUAGGAAAUUUGGUAACACGUUUCUUCAGGAAAGGAAAUAUUAACAGGAAGGAGGGGGUAAACUUUUCAUGUGAUGCAUUUUACACAAAGAGAGACAACUUGUGGAGACACUCGCAGGGAUAAUUUUUUCACACUAACCUAGACUGGAUUUAUAUAUCAAGGGCCACAUAGUGUCAGUCAACUGGAUCUCCCCUGCUCGAGCAUGCUGCCUGAAACCGGCAUUAAAAAAAUGAAAAUUAUUCAAGAUUUUGCCAUGGUAGCAAAAUUUUUGGAUGACAACAAACCGAUAAAGCCACUUAAAAGUCUACGGUAUUCGCACUAUUUCAAACUUCACUGAUCUUAUUCAAUUUCAUUUAAUUUGGCAAAUCUUGGCGAAAUUUUCUUUUGGACCGUAUCUAUCGCUAUCUAAGGUUAGAAAAAGAACGCGACAAUUUUUGUACUGAUUUCAGCUACACCAUAAAGCGAACAUGUGAAAAUAGAACGUUUCAUGUCGUAGUGGUGCAACGACGGCAAAGAAAUGUACAAAAUAGCGUGGUGCACGUGCAAAGUUCUUGUUUGUUAAUAUAAACAUAAUUUUUUUUUCUGUUCUCCUUGCCGUCAUCGUUGGUUUUGUUGUCAUCCAGAAAUAGUGCUACCAUGGUAAUGUGAUGUCACACUUCUCCUCCCGCCAUUGAGGCUUAAUUUAAGUUGGAUGUAUCAUCGUUAUCGUUUUUUCGCUUUUUAGCAUAUUUUAAUUAUUGCAGAGAUCCAACCAACCUGAUCAGACCGGAGGUUGAAUUAAGUUUCACUUUUUUUUCAUAUCAUUUCAUUCAUUUACAAAGAUUAUAGCGUGUGAAAACAGCCGUUUCUCCUCGCUCUUCGCCGCUGAGGACGUUUCGCGGGGAAUAACGUCUGCGACUCAGCGUUGAAAAUUCCAUAGUGAUGACGUAAAAUCUUUCCGGAAUCCGGUCAGAAGCGCUGAUCGGUCGACCGAGUAGUUACAUUGUUUUAGCUAUUGUUUACGAAUAGCAGGCAAAAGACAAAAGGCCACGGAGGUCAAAUGUAAACAAGAUGAAUCUCUAACAAACAGUCAAAUUUGGUGAAAUAUAUUCUUCUCUUGAAGAAGCAUUUGAGUGUUUGCUGGAGCUCAUUAGCAGAUGAACACAACGCUUUAGUAAAAUCGACCAGGAGAAACGUAAAACUGAACCAAUUUGGAUGUGGAACCCCAUGACUACCCGAUCUAUUAUGUUAACAUUGAUUUACUUCAUCAGUAUGGAAUUUCUGUCGCUGAUUCGCAAACGUUCCUCCGCGCGAAACGUCCCCAGUGGCGAAGAGCGUUGAGAAACGGCUGUUUUCACAUGCUACAAAGAUUAACGCUCCUAUUUUAUUUAGCGUUUAUUUUAUGAAGUAAUGAUUUGUUGUAAUAAGGUAUUAGUUACAAUUCAUAGCUAGAGUUGUAAUGCAAAGCUAUUAUUGUUAGCAAAUGACCAUAGUUUUUCUGAAGUGGAACAUUUUGUUGUCAUGCUAGUUACUAAAAGUAACUUCAAUGAAAUUUGCCUAAGCGAAACGUUGCCCAUUGCAAGAACAAAUUCUAUGCACAAAAGUGCAUUUUAUUGUCAGUAAUGACGCUUUAAAUGACUGCAUAGAUGAUAUAUUCAUUAUUUUUGUAAAGAAGAAGUGCUAUUUGAUAUUUUUUCUUUUAGAGACAGGACUAAAGUUCCGCGAGGAAAAUCGAUAAAAAAGAGCAAAGACUGGGUCAAAGAAAAGAAAGACAGAAGACGUCGCCAGGGAAAGUAAGGUCUAAAAACACGUACCGCUCACUGAGUAUUGAUCAUUUCACCAGCGUGUCAUUUCGCCAACGUCCCGUUCGCUAACGUCUUAAGCUAAAGUCUUCAACCGUGGCAGUAUUAGCUCAGUCGGUAGAGCGGUCGCGGGUUUGAUUCCCGGGGCCGAACCAUUACUGAGGGUCUUAAAAUGACUGAGAUAUGAAGGCACUUCCUCUGCACUCCAACCGGCGAGACCUUCGCGUGGCUCGGAUGACCACGUAAAAUGGCGGUCCCGUCUCCAUUAGGAGACGUAAAAAUAGUGUCCCCAAUUAGUACUUUCGUGCUAGAUACAUUGACACUCAAAUAAAAAGUGCAAGUGCAAGUCGUUGCGCUUACGAAACAAAGCGAGCGCUUCACAUGUAUAUACUUCGUUCUUUCAAGUAUGAUACGCAAAAGUCCAAUAUGUGUAUAACUCGUUCUUUAAGCCAUUGAUAGGUUAAAGAAGUUGGAGAACUGACCUAGCACGCUAGCGAAACUAGUUAAUACGUUAGCGAACAGGACGUUGGCAAAACUACCGUAGAUCUUAACAAACUACUGCUUGGCCCAUGAGCAGGGUUCGUACUGGAUAUGAAGAAGUUUGGAAAAACAUGAAUUUAAGAAUUUCAUUUUCCAGGCCAGGAAAGUCAUAAAACUUAAUUGUCGGUCCUGGAAAGUCUUGAAGAAUUUAAGUUACCGGAAAAUUCCGAAAAUAAGCUCCUCCAUGUAUAAGCCCCUUCAAAUAUAAGCCCCCCAAACUCGUAACGCAAAAAACCCUCCGUUAAAUCGCCCCUCCGAAUAUAAGCUCCCCAGGGCUUGCACUUGGAAAUUGCCGUCAAAUACAAACUAAAAUAGAGCAAAAACGGUCAAUUUCCUUCCAACUAUAAGGCCACAGUCUCAGACAAAAAUAGUUGGGACACUUAAGCCAAACGCUGUUUUUUCCCUUCUCCUACUCACCUCGUCCGUCUCAAAGUUGUUUAUCGCGGUUCGGUCACCAAAUCUUGUACACCAACAUUGAGGGGACAAGGAGACCCCAAAGUGUCCCAACCAUUUUGACUGAGCCUGUAGCCCAAUCGAUUGUGAAACGCAAUUUUCCCUCCAUAGAUAAGCCCCUCAAAAAGGGCCUUUGAAAAAUAUAAGCCCCGGGGCUUAUUUUCGGAAUUUUACGUUAUGUUUGGCAGAUUAACUACUGCACGUGACAAAGCAGGGGCAAUGUAAGAUAGAGACGAGUAAUUAAAAAGGCAAACGGCGUACAUUUUAGUGGACGACAGAGUUUGUGCAGGGUGAACUGAGUAAGUUAAGAAAAAUAUCUGAAAACAAGGAAAGUUUUGAAAUUUUUGAAAGUGACAGCUAAACCUAAGUUCCUCUAAAACUUGAAAUGGUUAUGGAAAAAGUCAUGGAGAGUAAUGUAAUUUAAAUAGCUCAAAAGAGUAUCAUGAAACUCUGUGUGAGGUGAAAGCAAAAACUCCGGGCAAAAACUUUAUCCAUUUCACACCUCAACGAGGUCAACAAACACCACAAAAAAGUACUUUACACUACAACUUUCCUUACUCAGUUCCACAAGGAUAAUACUGGCCGACCUGUUCCUGAAUGUGGGAGCGGCGUAAAGAGAUAUGAACCUUUUUUUUCCGCUCUCUGACUUCGCGCCACACUCACUAGCUGAACUCCUGGAACAGGCUAGGAUAAUACCGGAGCGCUCCUGAUAGCCGCUGUCCGCAAAGAGAGGCGAUAUGUUGAGAGAAAAGAGAAAUUUCCUCCGCUUGUCGCUUCUCCUCGUGGGUGCCAAUUUUCAUUCACACGCAUAUUUCUGGUACGGAUUACAAAACUUUUCGGACACGCGUGACCGUUAAUUGUCUCCUUUGACAGGUCUGGUUCGGGCAUGGAGAAGGUUCUUCUUUUAAUUUGUGUCAAGACAUAA